AUGGCCGAAAACUCUACCAGCCAGCCUGGACCAGCCCUGGGCCACAUUUCAAACAGUGUUGCACCUACCACUACAGACGCUGAACCAUCGGCCGCUCCAACAAGCCCGGUCAAGCGCAAAGUCGAUGAGCUGAGCCCCUCUGGCCCAUCGGCUGAAGUGAGAGAGGACAAGCGCCGGAAAGGAACUGCUGCGAUCAAGCCGGAAUUCCUGGUCCGAUUUGACGACCUGGUCGAGCCGAGACCUGCUCAAGACGAGGCUGACGAUGAUGCUGCCGAAGCAUCCCACCACAAGGACAGACAAGCUGUCGGCAGCAACUCCAAAGGCAAACGCCGGGAGAAGAACAAGGGGCAGAAUAAAGCCCGGGAGUAUGGUCGUUCCCGAGACGAAGUCGGCUUAUGUUCGACCCUCACACAACGACCCGAGUUCUCUCCAGACCCUUGUCCGUACGGGGAGAAAUGCCGCUUUGAGCAUGAUUUGCGCAAAUACCUGAAACAGCACAAGCGCGAAGACCUGACCACCUUCAAUGGCCUGUGUCCUGUGUGGGAAACCAAAGGAAGGUGUCCUGCUGGGUGGAAAUGUCGCUUUGUCGGUUCUCAUUCCAAGGAGGUUGAGCGCGACGAUGGGCGUCGAGAACUCGUCUUGAUUGAAGAUGCCGAGCGGAUUGAAAAGUACAGUCAGACCUCGUGCGAGGGCGAAGAGGCUGGCGUCGCGAAUGUCAUCACGGCCCAGCAACGGAUGAGCUUGACCAAGAAGAAAAUCGCCACCCCCAAAGCAGAUGCGUGCCUCAAAUCGCUGGAUUCGCAGGCCCAGAAUCCGGCCGACCAAGGUCGUCGUGGCAAUGGAGCUGUGCGCAACUCAUCGUCGCCGGAGCCAGUUGGCGAGGGUGACGGGACGAAUGGACGGGACCAGGCCGACUCGAGAGCUGCCUUCCACGAUCCGCCCCUGCGGCCAUCAGAAAAGCGCCGUCUCUACUUCGGGGCCGAGACUCCUAUUCUCGCUCCUUUAACCACCCAAGGCAACCUACCUUUCCGACGGCUGUGUUCUUCCAUGGGGGCGACAUUCACCUACUCGGAAAUGGCCAUGUCGAUGCCAUUAUUGCAGGGCCAGAAAUCCGAGUGGGCGCUGAUCAAAGCACACGAGUCGGAAGUGCAGCCGCCGACGUUCACGGCCAAGGGGACGCCAAACAUCGUGUAUGACUACGACCAAAGCCAGGAUCUUCGGUUCGGGGCCCAAAUUGCCGCCAAUAAGCCGUGGGUGGCGAUCAAGGCGACCGAGGUGUUGACGUCGCUAUUGCCCAAAGGCCUACGAGUGGUGGACCUCAACGUCGGGUGCCCGAUCGACCUCGUGUUUCGAGAAGGGGCCGGGUCGGCGCUAAUGGACCAGCCGAACAAGUUGGAGAAGAUGCUUUGGGGCAUGAACGUCGUCUCGGGCGAGACCCCCGUCAGCGUCAAGAUCCGAACCGGCACGCGCGACAGGCAGCCCACGGCGCAAAAGCUGGUGGAACGGCUCGUCCUGGGCGGAGGGCAGAGCCGAGGCGAGACGUGCGGCGUCGCGGCCAUCACUCUGCACGGCCGCACCCGCCAGCAGAGGUACACGCGGUCCGCCGACUGGGAGUAUAUCGCGCAGACGGCGAGCCUGAUCAAGAAGCUGGGCGAGAAGGCCGAUGCGCUGACCGACACGGUGCGCGAGGUCGACGAGCGAGACCAGGCCAACGGCCACCGAGGGUCGAGGACCGGCAAGGUCUGGUUUAUCGGCAACGGCGAUGUCCUCUCGCACGAGCACUACUACGACCAUAUCGACCACGCUGGCGUCGACGGCGUCAUGGCCGCCCGCGGCGCCCUGAUCAAGCCGUGGUUGUUCGAGGAGAUCGCCGCCGGCCAGUACCUGGACAAGUCGUCGGCCGAGCGGCUGCGCCUGAUCGAGCAGUUCUGCCGGUAUGGCUUGGAGGCCUGGGGCAGCGACGAGGUCGGCGUCGGCCAGACCCGCCGCUUCUUGCUGGAAUGGCUCAGCUUCGCCUGUCGCUACGUCCCCGUCGGUCUGCUCGAGUAUCUGCCGCCCAACAUCCAAGACCGCCCGCCGCGCUACCGGGGCCGCGACGACCUCGAAACCUUGAUGGCCAGCGACAACUACAAGGACUGGAUCAAGAUCAGGCAAGUCUGCUCCUGUCCAUUCUCUGAAAUGUUCCUAGGCCCCGCUCAUCCAGACUUCCGAUUCGAACCCAAGCACAAGUCCAACAGCUACGAGAUCCAGGCCGAGGGAUGA